UGUGUGUGUGUGUGUGUGUGUGUGUGUGUCUCUCUCUCUCUCUCAGGGCUCUGCCGGUGAUGUUCGCUGUCACGCUGGAUCUCAGGAUAUUCGCCAACAACGCGGAGCAGCAGUUGCAGAAGAAGGGCAAAGGUCAGCCGGGGGAGAUGUUGGAGAAAGCAGCAGAACAGCUGAUGAGCUGCUUCAGAGUUUGUGCCAGCGACAAUCGAGCCGGCAUCGACGACUCAAAGAAGUGGGGCAUGAUGUUUCUGAGCAACCAGCUCUUCAAGAUCUACUUCAAGAUCAAUAAGCUUCACCUGUGUAAACCUCUGAUCAGAGCCAUCGACAGCUCCAACCUGAAGAACGACUACAGUCCGGCUCAGAAGGUCACGUACAAGUACUACGUGGGCCGCAAGGCCAUGUUCGACAGCGACUUCAAGCCAGCGGAGGAGUUCCUGUCGUACGCGUUCCAUCACUGUCAUCGUUCCAGUCAGAAGAACAAGAGGAUGAUCCUCAUCUACCUGCUGCCCGUCAAGAUGCUGCUGGGUCACAUGCCGACUCAUCAGCUCCUGAGGAAGUACGACCUCAUGCAGUUUGCCGACGUCACCAAAUCUGUGAGUGAGGGGAACCUGCUGCUGCUGAACGAAGCUCUGUCCAAACACGAGACCUUCUUCAUCCGCUGUGGGAUCUUCCUCAUCCUGGAGAAGCUGAAGAUCAUCACCUACAGGAACCUCUUCAAGAAAGUGUAUCUUCUUCUGAGGACUCACCAGCUUCCUCUGGACGCCUUCCUGGUGGCCAUGAAGAUGAUGCAGCUGGACGACGUGGACCUGGACGAGGUCCAGUGUAUCCUGGCCAACCUCAUCUACAUGGGUCACAUCAAAGGUUACAUCUCCCAUCAGCACCAGAAGCUCGUGGUCAGUAAACAGAAUCCGUUCCCUCCUCUCUCCUCCAUCUCCUAGACUACGUUACCCACAAUCCCCUCUGGCUGUGAUGCUCUAUUUUUGUUUUGUACUGUAAAAACGUGUUGAAUAAAACAGAUGCUGGUUUCUA